CUUUAAUAAACUUGCACACAUAUAUAGGUGUUAUACUUGAGGGAGACUCCGUGUUCUAUGAUCAUUACCAUCCCGUUUAACAUAGUUAUUUCAUUUUGUAUUACAUUGUUCUAAGUUGUGCGGGACAUCCAACUUCAAAAUGUUUUCUAAUCACAUGGCGACAAUUGUUCGGCUUGCUGCUCAGCAGCAACAACAACAACAAAAACGUGGUAUGGCAACUCUUAAAGCAAUUUCUAUAAGAUUAAAGUCUGUAAAGAAUAUUCAAAAAAUUACUCAAUCAAUGAAGAUGGUGUCAGCCGCUAAAUAUAAUAGAGCAGAAAGAGAUUUAAAACAAGCUAGACCUCUUGGAGUUGGUACAAAAACAUUUUAUGAACAAGCUGAAAUUCAGGCACCACCAGAUGAUGAGAAAAAACUUGUAAUAGCAAUAACAAGUGAUCGUGGAUUAUGCGGUGCUGUACAUACUGGGGUUUCUCGUAACAUUAGAGAUGCUCUUCUAGCAGAUCCCAAAGAACGCGAAAAUACGAAAAUUAUAUGCGUUGGUGAAAAAUCACGAGCGAUUUUAUCACGCUUGUUUGCUAAUAAUAUAUUGUUUGUUGCAUCUGAAGUUGGUCGUAAACCACCUACAUUUAAUGACGCUGCUAAAGUAGCAAAUCAAAUUUUGAACAGCGAGUACAGUUUUGGUUCUGGCCGCAUUGUCUACAAUCGAUUCAAGUCUGUAGUAUCAUAUGCUGUUGAUCAGUUACCUCUUUUUGACAAAACUGCAGUAGUCAGUGCACCAAAAUUAUCUAUAUAUGACUCUCUGGAUGAAAAUGUAAUUCAAAGCUAUCUGGAAUUCUCUCUAGCUUCUUUAUUAUUCUAUUCCAUGAAAGAAGGUGCUUGUAGUGAACAGUCAAGUCGUAUGACUGCUAUGGAUAAUGCUAGCAAAAAUGCAGGAGAGAUGAUAGAUAAAUUAACUCUAACAUUCAAUCGUACUCGACAAGCUGUAAUUACUAGAGAACUGAUUGAAAUUAUUUCUGGUGCUGCCGCUUUGGAUUAAAGAAAUAUGUAAUAUACAUUGAAAGAAGAACACACCAUAGUGUUGGGAAGUAGAUCAGAAUGAUAUUGUCAAUUGAUAAUUGAUUUUACUAAAAAUUUUCUGAAAAGAAAAUUUUUAGCGAUUUCUUCAAAUCGCCACAAAUGAUCAAACAUUUAAAAAUACACCAAUAUUUAUAAACCCAACAUAAAAAUAAAUUGUUGAAAAAUGUUUAUUGAAAUAUUUUGUUUGUCACUUCUAUGAAGUUUUAUAUUAUUAAUGCAAAUAAAGUUGUAUAUACGCAAAUAGUAUAUAUUACGUAUUUACAUAGAUAUUUACAUAUUUAAAAGUAAAUGUAUAAUUAUAAUUUAUUAUUAGUAUUUACUACUGCAUUUAUUUGAUAAAAAAUUUAGGCUUUGAUUCUGAAUGAUCUUCGUCAUUGAUUAAGAUGAAAUUUGGAGAGUGUUAUGAGGACUAUGAAAGAACUUUUUUGACAUAUUUACAAUUUGAAAUAUUUACAAUUAUUUACUCAUUUGAUUUUACAAUUUUACGAUCAUCAUAUGAAAAAUCAAUCACCAUUAUAUAAAAAAGGAGGACAACCUAUGUUCAAAUUGUAAUUUGGAGUGUUUAGAAUGUCUGAUGCAUUUAAAAGCAACCAAACAUAUGCAACUUGCAGUUUGAAU